CCUCGCUCUCGAGCAGAGAUGGAGUUCCCGGACGACUUCCUGCUGGCCGAGCUCGGUCACCUGCAGCUGUACAAUGACUCGCUCUUCCAGAACAACUUCAGCGGUGCCUACAACGAGACCGACGCCUUACUGCCGACAGGGGUGAAGGUCACCAUCGUGGUCGUCUACAUGAUCGUCUGUGUCAUCGGCCUGGUGGGAAACUUCCUGGUCAUGUACGUCAUCAUAAGAUACACUAAAAUGAAAACGGCCACUAACAUCUACAUCUUUAACCUUGCUCUGGCUGACUCUUUGUUCCUGGCGACUUUACCAUUCCAGGGCACGGACGUGUUCCUGGGCUUCUGGCCAUUCGGGAACGCUUUGUGCAAGGCGGUGGUGUCUAUCGACUACUACAACAUGUUCACCAGCACCUUCACCCUGACAGUGAUGAGCAUGGACAGGUACGUGGCUGUCUGCCACCCUGUCAAAGCGCUGGACAUGAGGACUCCUCACAAGGCCAAGGUGGUCAAUAUCUGUGUGUGGGUGUUGGCUUCAGCCUUCGGGGUCCCGGCCAUGGUCCUGGGAAAUGUAGAGGAGGAACAAGAGCAUAACAGCGUUGAGUGCAUCGUGGUUUUACCUGAACCAAGGAGUCACUGGGAUCCCGUCUUCGGGACCUGCGUCUUCCUCUUCUCCUUCCUCAUCCCUGUGGCUAUCAUCAGCAUCUGCUACAGCUUGAUGGUCAAGCGCCUGCGCAGCGUUCGCAUCCUGUCCGGCUCCAAAGAAAAGGACCGCAAUCUGCGGCGCAUCACCAGGAUGGUCCUGGUGGUGGUAGCAGCGUUUGUCGUCUGCUGGACCCCUAUCCAGAUCAUGGUCUUGGCUCAGUCGCUAGGCUUCAACCUGAGCAGCUUGUUCACGCUGGUCCUGAUGCACUUCUGCAUUGCUCUGGGCUACGUUAACAGCAGCUUGAAUCCUGUGCUCUAUGCCUUCCUGGACGAGAACUUCAAGCGCUGCUUCCGCGAGUUCUGCCACCCAUCGCCGUUCCGCCUUGACACACAGCAGUCCGGCAGGAUGCGGAGCAUUGCCAGGGAGGUGGCCUACAGCUGCAAGGCCGGAGAUGGCAACGGGCCUGGAGGAGGGACACCUAAUCCAGCAUGA